AUGGGAAAUCCAGAUAAGAAGGAAGCUGAGUCGGUGGCAGUUGCAAUAGACAGAGACAAAGGGAGCCAAUAUGCUUUGAAAUGGACAGUUGAUCAUCUUCUCACCAGGGGACAAGCUCUCACACUGAUCUCAUGUAACGAAGUGGUGCUCGAGAACAUGGAUAUAGCAAAAGCAUUAAUUGAAUACAUUUCCGCAACUACAGCUGAGAUUUUGGUUGUUGGUGCAUCAACAAGGGGUGGCCUCGUAAGGAGAUUUAUGACUGCAGAUGUUCCAAGCAGCGUGUUAAAAGCGGCACCAGAUUUCUGCACUGUGUAUGUGAUUUCCAAAGGAAAGAUAUCAUCUGUCCGAUCCGCUACUGCGCCAGUACCUGCGAAGAUAUCUCCCCAUAACCAAAUGCAGCAUGAAGCAAGCCAUAUUUCUGAGCAACCUAAUGCAAAUUCAAUGCGUGAGCAACAACAUAGAUCAUCGGGAGAGAUCAGGACAGCAUAUCCACCCCGUAACAGUACCCACCACGAUGAUAUCAAGUCACCAUUCACAAGACAUAAUCGGACUUCAACGAACAAAUCGUAUGAGCUCUCCACAACAGAUACUCAUGACAUAUCAUUUGUGAGCAGUGGAAGGCCAAGCAUAGAUCAGAUGUUUCCUUCUAUUUAUGGAUAUCAAGAACCUGAAUUGCCUACUCCUCGAAUAUCAACCAGCUCAGAAUUUGACUAUAGAAACUUUGGAUCAUCCCUUUCGGGAAACAUAUCAAUUGAUCAUGUGCUAUCUUCACAGUUUGAACACCCAAACUCGCUUGAAAGUCGAAAUUCAUCAUGUUCAUCUCAGAUCAAGGAUGAAGUAGAAGCUGAGAUGAGGCGGCUGAAGCUAGAGCUCAAGCAAACAAUGGACAUGUAUAGCACGGCCUGCAAGCAAGCACUCACAGCAAAGCAGAAGGCAAGAGAGCUUCACCUCUGGAAACUCGAAGAAGAACAGAGAUUGGAAGAGGCACGACUAGCUGAGGAAGCUGCUUUGGCAGUUGCAGAGAAGGAGAAAGCUAAAUGUAAAGUAGCCCUUGAGGCAGCCGAAGCAGCUAGGAGGCUAGCACAACUAGAAGCACAAAAGAGAGUGAGCGCAGAAAUGAAAGCCCUCAAAGAUGCGGAGGAAAGAAAGAAGGCAACAUCUGCUAUGACGCCAAAGGAUAUCAGGUACAGAAGAUACCCAAUUGAGGCAAUCGAAGAGGCAACAGACUACUUUUCGGCAUCUCGCAAGAUAGGGGAAGGAGGUUAUGGGCCUGUAUACAUGUGUGAACUGGAUCACACACCGGUAGCAGUUAAGGUUCUACGUCCAGAUGCAGCUCAAGGAGAGGCACAGUUUCACCAAGAGGUUGAAGUAUUGAGCUGCAUAAGGCAUCCAAACAUGGUUCUCCUCCUUGGAGCUUGCCCGGAGUAUGGCUGCCUUGUCUAUGAGUACAUGGCUAACGGGAGCUUAGAAGACCGUCUCUUUCGGCGAGGUAACACACCUGUUCUUCCUUGGCAACUAAGAUUCCGAAUCGCAGCAGAGAUUGGCACUGGCCUUCUUUUCCUUCACCAGACUAAGCCUGAACCACUUGUACACCGUGACCUUAAACCUGGCAACAUUUUGCUUGACCGUAACUAUGUCAGCAAGAUCAGUGAUGUUGGCUUGGCCAGGCUUGUCCCUUCAUCAGUAGCCGACAGUGUAACUCAGUACCGCAUGACAUCAACAGCUGGAACAUUUUGUUACAUUGACCCAGAGUAUCAGCAAACGGGCAUGCUUGGAAUAAAAUCUGAUAUAUACUCACUUGGGGUAUUGCUCCUACAAAUAAUAACAGCCAAGCCACCAAUGGGUUUGACUCAUCAUGUUGAACGGUCCAUAGAAAGGGGGACUUUCGAAGAGAUGCUUGACCCAUCUGUUCCUGACUGGCCAGUCGAAGAGGCGCUAAAGUUUGCGAAGCUAGCUCUUCAAUGUGCAGAAAUGAGGAGAAAAGAUCGACCGGAUCUGGGGAAGGUCGUGUUACCUGAACUUAACAGACUAAGAGUACUCGCUGAAGAUAGCAUGAAUGCCGGCUUCAUGAUGAGCAGUAGUGAACCAAACUCACCACGACAAACCCAAGCAUCCUCACCACAAGUAAGCUGA